AUGGCAAUCUUUGGGCACAGACUACAGGUUUUGAAACAAUUGGCAACUUUUUCUCUUCUACUGCUCCGCUAUCUUCUCCCUUAUGCUGGUAACUGCGAGUUUGAAAAUCAACACCAGGGGUAUCCACUUCUGCAAUUGAUCUACCUGAAAAGGUUGUGUUCAUUACACUCUGCUCUUUGUUCACCUCAACAGAAGCAUCACCUGGACUUUGCAAGAUCACGCAGGGUGCUGAAGAUCUUCCCGGAGAAUGUGAUCCGCCAUGCCGUGACCUACACUGAGAAGAGAUUACGGUUGCAGAGUCAGAUGCAGAGAAGAGAUUGCGGUUGCAGAGGGGUGAUCUCAAUCGCGCACUGCGGAUUUAGAUCGGACGAUAGUUUGGAAGCCAUUGCCAAAGCCCGCGACGAGCGAGUCCCCAAUCUCGCGCUCUAUAAUUACCUAUCGUUUUCAGAUAGUUUUUAUCUGUUGGGGCAGGAUGGAUACUUUAUGUAGUUCUUUUUGACACGUCAAGUUCAAGCUACUAAGGGUCUCGCGAAUGAUUUCCGGAAUGCACUUCUAUUUUAGUUGUCUACUAUGCAUGUAAACGAGGUUGUAUAACGUUGGAGCUGCUUUGGUGGAGUUGCCUUGGUGGAGUUGCUUUGGUUUGUUUAGAUUUUAGUUGUUUUAACCUCAGCUUAGGUUUAGAAUCAAGUGGAUGUUUGAGUGUAACACUUGAGAGUGGCAGUUGAAGUGCCUUUUGCUUGUGUUUCACUUUGUGUCUCUUUUUCCUGUAGUUUGAGAUUUUUCUCUUUUAAGUGCGACAAUUUUUGCUCUAA